ACAGAGGAAUAACCAGAAAGAGAAAGGGAAGAAAACGGAUAACUUGUGGAGAUCCAUCACCUCUCAAAAAGAGGAAAAGCAAACACUAAGUCGUCCAGGUGACCAAAAAUCUUCUAAUCCUGGAAGCAGCAUGGAUACACAGUAUGUCUACGAACUUUUAGGGGAAAAUGCGUGGUUGUACAUCACCGCUACCUUUGUGGUGUUGUGGAUUCUUGUGUGGCUGUACAGAGACAGCCUGGAGAUUGAGGACAUCACUACAAAGUAUGUCUUCGUGACCGGCUGUGACUCAGGGUUUGGAAACCUGCUGUGUAAGAAGCUUGAUCGUAAAGGUUUCCGUGUGUUGGCUGGCUGUCUCACAGAAAAGGGAGCUGAUGAUCUGAAAAGAGUGGCAGGGCCCUAUUUAAAGACUGUCCUGCUGGAUGUGACCAGUCAGGACAGCAUCCAAAAAGCUAUGGAGUGGACUGCGAAGGAGGUUGGAGAUAAAGGACUUUGGGGUAUUGUGAACAAUGCCGGACGCUCAUUGCCCAUGGGUCCUUCAGAGUGGAUGAAAGUAGAGGAUUUUCAUAGCACACUCAAAGUCAACAUGAAUGGAGUGAUCGCCAUGACAAUGACCUUCCUGCCCCUCAUCAAAAAGGCUCGUGGCCGCAUCGUGAACGUAGCAUCAGUGUUGGGCAGGGUGGCUGCAAAUGGUGGUGGAUAUUGCAUCUCCAAGUUUGCAGUGGAGUCUUUCUCUGACUGCCUCAGGAGAGACAUAAACUACUUCGGAGUCAACGUGUGCAUCAUUGAGCCAGGUUUUUUCAAGACUGCAGUGACCAGCCUCGAACCCCUCGAAAGGGAGCUACAUCGCUUGUGGAACCAGCUCAGCCCUGAAGUACAAGCCACCUACGGAGACAAGUACCUUGAUAAGUACAUCAAGGUCCAGCGUUUGAUCAUGAAUGCUAUCUGUGACUCUGACCUCACCAAAGUGACCAGCUGCAUGGAGCACGCUCUCACUUCUGCCUACCCACGCACCAGAUACAGCGCUGGCUGGGAUGCCAAGCUUAUCUGGAUCCCCCUCUCUUACAUGCCUUCCUGUGUCGUUGAUAUUGGGCUGAAGCUGGUGCUGCCACGUCCCUCAAAGAGCGUGUAACUCGUGGUGACUUAGAAGAAAUGUCUUCAAAGUUAUCAGCCUUUUCAUGCCAUUUAUGUGUCAUUUUGAUGCAGUGCAGUGGUUGACUUCAGAAAAAUGAUCUUUUGCCUUUCAAAAUACCCAUAUUCCUUAUCUACACUGGCCAUGCAAUGAUCUGAUGUCGCCGUUACUGAUAUUUAUAUGUGCAUAAUCUACCAUGUGUUUGUCUGGUUGAGAUAUUUAGACAAUGUGAAAGAAAAUAAUGAAACUGUACUAUAUGAUAUACUGUUUAAUUAUUGUUUUGUU